AACCUUCUUCUCGCACUCCUGCCCUUUUCCGCUCUCCACCUCCUGCCGCCGAUCAUCUUCAUAACUUUUCUCCCGCCGGCGCAUCUUGUCACCUCCUCCUCCUCUUCCUCUUCCAUGGAAUCCAUCUUUCCCUCAGGAAUCGUUGAUAUCCUCCCCCCGCGACACUCCCCUCCCCCUUGCUCGUGCACUUUUCUGGCCUUCCGCUCUGCGUGCUCCGUGAGGCUCUCUUCUCGUCAACAUGACGCCCGUUUCUUCUCCCUGAGGCUUCGAUCCGUGUCCCGUGAUGUUUCCGGGAGUGAUGCGGGAGGAGAUGAGGCGAACGGCUCUGUGAUCCUCCCUGCUGCUGGAAGCUUGUCAUCAAGCGAGAUUGAUUCACAUCUUGGUGGUGGUCUGGAGAUGGAUGUUUCAAAAAACCCAGAGCCAGUAAGACCUGUCACUGGAGGAAGUGGAUCCAGAGCUGGAUUAUUCAGAACACCAAUAUCAGGUGGUGUACAAAGUGCAACAUCUGCUCAUGAUCUACCUUCCCCAGCCUUAGCCGUCCGCAAUCUUAUGGAACAGGCCAGAUUUGCUCAUUUGUGCACUGUCAUGUCACGAAUGCAUCAUCGUCGAGCAGGAUAUCCUUUUGGUUCAUUAGUUGACUUUGCAGCAGACUCAAUGGGCCAUCCAAUCUUUUCACUUUCACCGCUCGCUAUUCAUACAAGGAAUCUUUUGGCAGAUCCAAGAUGUACUCUUGUAGUCCAAAUUCCUGGUUGGAGUAGCUUAUCAAAUGCACGAGUGACAAUUUUUGGUGAUGUCACACCCCUUCCAUCCAAUCAGCAGGAAUGGGCUCGUAAGCAAUACAUGGCAAAGCACCAGCAAUGGGCAUCCCAUCAGUGGGGAAAUUUCUACUACUAUAGAAUGCAGAAUAUAAGGUUCAAAACCAAGAAAAUGAUUGUUCACUAUAGCUGUAAAGCACCAGCUCUAGAUAAAAGUGAUAUUUAUUUUAUCGGAGGAUUUGGGACGGUGGCAUGGAUUGAUGUGAACGAAUAUGAGGCCACCCAACCAGACAAGAUUGCAGCUGAUGGUGGAGAACAAAGUCUGAAGGAACUAAAUGGUAUCUUCUCAAAGCCACUUAAAGAACUCUUGUCUACAGAAACAGAGAUAGAUGAUGCGGCUCUCAUAUCCAUAGACAGCAAAGGCACUGAUAUAAGAGUUCGACAGGGUGCCCAGUUCAACAUUCAAAGGCUGUCAUUUGAGGUGGAGCACUCGGUGGAGACUCUUGAUGAAGCAAAGAAAGCACUGCAGAAGAUCAUCAAGAACAAGAGCUUCAAAUUGGAAAGAUCGUCUUAACGAACGUUCAAGGUUUUGCUGAGUCCCAUUGUCAAGGAUGUCGUAAACCCAGGAUAGAGCCAGUAAAUAAGGAUGCUUGUUCUUGCCUAGUGAGGGGUAGGGACCUUGCAAAAUGUAUAAAAAGAGGGUGGGUGUGCUUCGGUUGUGAUAUGCUAAUAAUCAUGUGGUGAAUGAGAUACAUUUUGAACGGGCGGGUUGGGCUUUGCGUCAGAUGGGAAUUAAAAUCCUAUUUAUUGUUGUUUGGCAUUUAAUUUAUUGUUGUCUGGUAUGUCAUAAUAAUGUAAAUGUUUUUUUUUUCA